GUUCUACUAUAUACUUUCAAAUCUGUAAUAGGGGGACUCGAAGGUUUUAUAGUUGGUGGUGAUUAUGUUGAAUCUAUAACAGAAUACCCCCAUGUCGCUUCUUUGGCGAUACAGUUAUUGAACACCGAUUAUAUUUUAUGUGGGUCAUCUAUAUUAAACCAAGUGAUUUUAAUAACUGCCGCGCACUGUUUGGAUGAUACUGAGGAAGUAAUAGCUUUUGUGGGUAACGUGAUAGUUGAGCAAGGAGAACCGUAUCUUGUAGUCAAAUUCAAGCAGCAUGAAAAAUGGAAACAACCCAUGAACGACAUAGCUUUGUGUCUACUGGAGAGACCACUGUCACUGGGGGAGACAGUAAAGAGGGUGUUACUGCUGAGGCAGCCACCGAGAACACAGACAGCUGUCUUGACUGGUUGGGGCGCAUAUGAAGAAAUUGACUACUUAGAAUCAGUUCAGCUUAAACAUUCAAAACAGAAGGUUUGGACUAAUAACGCGUGCAGAAAAGUUGUCAAAACUGCACCCAAUGGAACUAUUUGUGGAGGCGAACUUAAAGCUAAAGGAAAUUUUGCUUCUAGAGGAGACUCAGGCAGUGGUCUCCUAGUUAACAGCAAUAUAAUCAUUGGGCUGGUCUCCUUCAAAAACUUGAAAUACUCUCGCAGCGUAGUGGUCUAUACGGACGUCGCGUACUACUACACUUGGAUUGUACGCGAAUCAAAACGAUUAUUAUGUAAAAUACAUAGUUAAGCGUAGUU